CGUUCAAUAAUCUACAUUUCCGAACGCGCCGGCUACCGGUGACGAUUGACGAUUGACAAAAAAUUUGUUGCUUCACGUCAGCCACUGUAUUUUUAAUAUUUUUUUCAAAACAACGGCAUUUUUUAUUGGUCUUUACUUAUUUAUUAAAUAGAAAAUUUUUAACGAAUGAAAAUAUGGAUUAUAUAGCUUCUGGAAAAGGUGACACAACAGAAAAUUGCGACCCAAACUUAAUAUCAAAUGGAAAUACUAAGACUGCUUUAGAAAAACAAAUUGCUGAUAAUGAUAAAGAAAUCGCGGAAGCCCCCGCAGAGAGCGCGGCCUGCAGCUCUGAAUCGAUUGAAGAUGCCGUUUGUGAAAUUCCUGAACAAGUCGAAUUUACAGUAGUUUUUAAUAAAGUCAAACACGAAAUUACAUUUGCCUACGAUGCGACCGUGUUAGAGUUAAAAGCUCAUUUGGAAAGAAUAUGCGGAGUGCCGCAAUCAGCGCAGAAAUUAAUUAUAAAAGGCAUGGCCCGGGAUAACAUGACACUAAGGAAAGCUGGAGUAGUCAAAGGUGGAAAGGUCAUGUUGGUUGGCUCUAAAAUGGAUGAUAUAUUGGCUGUGAAGAGUGCACCAAAGGAUGUAGAUGAGAAAUCUAGUAGUCAGUCAAGUAAGGAACCACUUUGCAUGCAGAAGAACCAUAGGAAAGUCCUUGAUAAAGGCAUCCCACCGGAUGUGAUGCCCGGAAUAAAAGGUGUUAAGGAACCGCUGCCCCCUAUCCCUCUAAGUGGAAUGUUGAAUAAACAUGGGGGUAAAGUGAGGCUUACUUUCAAGCCUGAACAGGACCAACUUUGGGUUGGUACAAAAGAACGAACUGAGAAGCUUGCCAUGACAUCUAUAAAAAGUAUAACUUCAGAACCCAUUAAAGAUCAUGAAGAAUAUCACAUUAUGGGCCUCCAGUUAGGAGCAACAGAAGCGUCAAGGUAUUGGCUGUAUUGGGUACCCGCUCAGUAUGUUGAAGCUAUCAAGGAUGCGGUACUCGGUGUUUGGCAAUUUUUCUAAUCAAAAUUGUCCAAUUUACUGCCCAUUUAUUGUCUGACUUUUUAUGAACGCUACUUGGGUAGUUGCAAUAUUAUAGAAAUUUUAUGAAGCUCUAGCAUGCAAACGUUUUUGUUUUAUCAAAAUUUGACUUUGUCGAUGAUUUU